UUUUACUUACACCGGAAGUAAAAUAAAUCAACAAACCAUGGCUUCGUACGCUUCUUCCCGGGAUGAAAACAAUUCUGAUUUUGAAGAAGUUGACAGCUUUGACUGCGAUGAUAUUGAAGCACAAGCAACCGAUGAAGAUACAGAAGAUGCCAGUGAAACAGACAUGGCCAAACAAGAAACAGAAUACACAGAAAUUAAAGAACAAAUGUACCAAGAUAAGUUAGCACAUUUAAAGAAACAGCUGCAACAACUACAAGAUGGAACCUUGCCAGAAUAUAUCAAGAAAAGACGGAAAAUUGAGCAACAGUAUAAAGAAAGAAUAAGAAUAAAUGAAAUUUGGAGAGAUUUUGAGUUAGAAGUUGUUGAAAGAGAAUAUAUAAAGGAAAAGAAAGCUACAGCUAAAGAUUUUGAGGAAAAGAAGAUUGACUUAAAAGAAAGUUUGAUACUUGAAUAUGAAGACAAAUCAAAGAUGAUAGAGAAUGAAAGAAAUUCACUGGAUCUCACAGGAAGUAAUUUUAUGUUGUCUGAUACUUUAGAAUCAAAAGCACCAUCAACACGUAGACUGAGGAGACGACCUAAUGACCCCAUGCCAUUACCUGAGAAAAGACGGAAAGCCUCACCAGUACAGAUAGACUUUUAUUUGGAUGAUGCCGAUAUCUUAGACGAUUUACGAAUUAUCAACAAAGUUAGCGGUAAACCAUUUACCAAGAAAAUUACUUCAUCCCCACCAAGUCCUGUUGAAAAUAAUUCUGAACUGAAAAUUGAAGAUGGAAGGUUGUUUUAUGACAAACGAUGGUUUCACAGAAAUCAGCCUGUUUUUAUUGAAGGGAAAGACAUUGGUAAAGUUAAUGGUGUGAUCACUGCUAUAGGAACACAGGAGAUUUAUGUACGGAAGUUAUCUGAUAGUUCAAAGAUAAAGAUAUAUCUAUCACAAUUACAGAAAGGACGCUAUAUUUUACGACGAAGACAAACAUGAUGUAGUUUUAUAUAUGACUGUAGAAUCUCAUUGCUAUCAUAAUCAUUUCAUACUAAAUUAAUAUCAUUUA